CAACGUGGAGACUUUCUGUGUGUUGUCAUGUGGUGAUGAAAACAGUGUGAAUUGUGCUUUUUCCGGCAUUUUAUCCACUUUUCCGCUAAGGCAUUCCACAAAGUGUCUCUAAAAAUGACUACAAAUAGAGAAAUUAGCAUGGAAUUGAGUGUAAAUAAGAGAAACAAGCAAUUAACGAGGGAAGAACUGCAGAAACUCUCAAAAGAGGAGUUGAUUGAGAAGGUCAUCCAGUUGCAGGCACACACUCUCCAGCUGAAGAACAUAAUCCAGAAGAGAGAUCCCGAGGCGGAAUCAUCCUGUGACGGUCACACGAGGAGGAAACAGAGGAAGUUUGACUUCAGCAAAGUCCAUCGAAGGCACAUUCUCCUGAAAUUCCUCUACCUGGGCUGGGAUUAUCAAGGAUAUGCCAGUCAAGAGGACUCCACGGCCACCAUUGAGCAUCACCUGUUCAAGGCACUGCAGAAAACCUGCCUGAUUGAGAAUCGCGAGUCCGCGAACUAUCAUCGCUGCGGCAGAACGGAUAAGGGCGUGAGCGCCUUCUCGCAGACCAUCUCUCUGGAUGUGCGGAGUAAAUUCCCGGCAGCGGAGCAAAUGCUCCCCGAAUCGAUAGAGAAUGAACUGAACUACUGCGUGAUGCUGAAUCAAUCGCUGCCAGAUGAUAUUCGCUGCAUUUCCUGGCAUCCGCUCGCGGAUUUCGACUUCAGUGCGAGAUUCAAUUGCCAGAAGAGGAUGUACAGAUACUUCUUUCCUCGCGCCAAGCUCAACAUCGCCGCCAUGGCGAAGGGAUGCUCUUAUCUUGUUGGGAGCCACGAUUUCCGCAAUCUCUGCAAAAUGGACGUGGCGAAUGGCGUGGUUUCUUACACGAGAACCAUCGAGAGUGCUGAGAUUAGAGCUGUCGCUGGCCAAGAAGAUCCUCACGAUAUGGUGUUCUUGGAGAUUCACUCAAAUGCCUUCCUGUGGCAUCAAAUCCGAUGCAUAAUGUCUGUCUUGCUGCUCAUCGGACUGGAGAAAGAGCAGCCGGAAGUUGUUAGGGAAUUGCUGGAUGUGGAAAACAAUCCCAGAAAGCCUCAAUACAGCCUGGCUAGCGAUGUGCCACUGAAUCUCUAUGGAACAGUUUUUGACGGCCAGGACAAUUGGGUGCUGAAUCAACACUCUCUCGAGCGUGUGAUAAGGAAUCUAGAGAGUUUGUUGUUGUUUUCCAGCAUCAAGACCACAAUGAUGCAGGAAAUGUCGAAGGAUUUGCGAGCUGUGCUGAAGGCGAAAUUCCCAGAAGCUCCUGAGACGCUGUGCAGUGCCGAGGACUUGAUUCAGGGCGCCAAGAUGAAGAGCUACACGCGACUGAUGGAGCGCCCCAAGGGUGAGAGUCUUGAGGAUCGCAUUGAACACUAUGUGAAGAAGCGUCGCUUGAAUGCCCAGUGAAUUGAAAUGUCUGAAAUGCCAUCAAAUUGAGCCCACGACGGGAGAGAGAAAUGCGUUUGGGCCUCUAAUUAAUGUCGAUGCAAGGAAUUUAAUGUGUAGAAAGGCAACAAAAUUGACUCUUCGAGAACAUGUUGAAUUUACACGUGUUGACACGUGUUUGGAAUGAUGGAAAAGAUCUUUUUUUCCCUGUUGAUGUCUUCAGUGUUGGAUGGGCGAGUGAAAGUAUGAUAUGAGAUGGAAUUGAGUGAAUUAAAGUCAAUAAUUUGGUGAGUAUAUCGCGAAUUAACCAAAAGACUCGAUAUCGAGAGUUUGGAAACGAGUUUAACAAUCUCUUAAGCAGCACGAGGUUAAAGUUUUUAAUGAAAUCUCUUUUUUCCACUAAUAUGACAUUGAAGUUUCUGGUUUUUCUUUUUAGCUUUUCUGUAUUAUAUCCAAAAGUGUGAUGAUAUCUUGCGGUGUAAUCGCGUUUUUUUUUUUCAUUGCACAACGAGCGUCGUUCUAUUUUGAAUUUUCACCACACAUACUUUUCAAACAUACAAUAAACACCCCCUUUUUCAUGUAACAUUUUCUGGAAUUCCUGCAAGCAAUUGACCUGCACGUGAAGUGUUUUUUUUUUCUUCUAAAUUUCUUCUUCUAUUUUUCUGCCUUGUAUCUGUGUGCCGAGAGAAUUGGUGAGACCACAAGAGUCUCCUAACUCGUGACUUUUAGAAAGUAUUUAAAUUCACAUACCUCCGUUAUUGCUGAUGGUGUUUUAUAUACACGAAAAAUCUCAGACCAGAGAGACUCCGAGGAAGGCGAUAUAAGUAUCCAAAGUGAAUAUAUAUGAUCCAAUUGAAUGCUAUUCGCCGAUUCUAGUUUGCACCUCUUUUUUCCCUCCUCAUAUGUACAUUAUGUGUGCUGCCCUGUGUGUAUUUGUCUUGAUGUGGCUCUCGAAUGUUAAACAAGAACCGCGAGCUUCAAAACUGUAUUCACUCUGUUUCACUUAUUUAGCCAUUUGAUGGAAUUUCUCAUGCACCAUCGCACCAUGGAGAAGAAUCGAAGAUGAAAUACACUCGCGAACGCCAAACACACUCUCUCUCUCUCUCUCUUUCUCCCUCUAUAAAAAUUUCCACGAAGGACAAAGGGACUUUCCACAGCACGAUGUCUCGUCACAAUUCUCCUGCACUCUUCUGCGGAAAAGUGUGUUGGGAAAAGUCAAUCGCGGCACGGCUGCGAUAGCAUCGCAACAGGUGUUCACGGUCGGAAGUGAAGUGAGAGACUGAACUGCUCGGCGGCGCUCGUGGUGGGUCUUGAGCGGCGCGGCUAAGUGUGGAGGCCACAAGAGGAAGGGAUCCCACCCAGAGAUGUGUGUAUUGGGGCCUCUGGGACUCUGCACACCUCACCGAAUUCUAUCCGUAAUGUCUUUAAAGUUUUCACGCCACGGUCACGGCGAGGUGGUUUCAUGAAAAUUUUCGACCAUCAGAGGAAAUCACAUGAGGAUCCACACGUCGUUUAAUUUCAGAACAAUACCGUUAAAGUGCAAAAUUUCUUCGAUUUAAUUCAAAUUUUGUAGCGCCACGAGAUAAAUCUGCCUUGAUUUUUGGCUGAAAAACAGUCGAGGGCGUGUAUAAGAGGACACGCAAAUAAUUUCAUCUAAUUACAAAUCUCAGACUCCCUAAACUUAGGCAUCGAAAGGAUCAAAAUGCCAGCGGACUGAACUCCCCAAGAUAACCUUUUAAUGUGAGAAGUAAAAAGACAAUUUGUUGUAUUUCUGGAAGUGUGCAAAGGUGCUGAUUUAUGUAUUUAUAAUAUUAUUUAAA